CGCGGCGGGGAUUGGCGCGGCGGGAUCAGGGCGGCGGGGCGGGCGCGCGGGGCCGGCGGCGCUUUGAUCAGGUCCUGGCAACUCGGUACCGCCGGGCGCCGGGAAGUGAAGAGAAGCGCUCGCAGCCAUGAAUCGCGGGGCCGCCCCGGGCCCGGGGCGCCCGGGUCCCCCGCCGCCGGCUGCGCUCUGAAAGAAAGGAGGCUCAGAUGAGUCCCUGCUGACUUGAGAGAGAAAGAGAGACCACGCUGAUUGCUGGGAGGAACUGGAAGAAGAAAAAAAUUCCUAAACUCAGCGAGAAGAAGGCACUCGCCAUGAGCAGUGCUGUGCUGGUGCCUCGGCUCCCAGACCCCAGCAGCAGCUUCCGCGAGGAUGCCCCGCGGCCCCCAGUGCCCGGGGAAGAAGGGGAGACCCCACCGUGCCAGCCGGGCGUGGGAAAGGGCCCGGCCGCCAAGGCCCCGCCCGUCUCCCCCAGCGCCCGGCGGAACGAGGGCGGGCUGGGGGAGCCGGAGGGCCGGGCGUCCCCGGAUUCCCCGCUAACCAGGUGGACCAAGUCUCUGCAUUCCUUGCUGGGCGAUCAGGACGGUGCUUAUCUCUUCCGGACUUUCCUGGAGCGGGAGAAAUGCGUGGAUACUUUAGACUUCUGGUUCGCCUGCAAUGGAUUCCGGCAAAUGAACCUGAAGGAUGCCAAAACUUUACGAGUAGCCAAAGCGAUCUACAAAAGGUACAUCGAGAACAACAGCAUCGUCUCCAAGCAGCUGAAACCUGCCACCAAGACGUACAUUCGGGACAGCAUCAAGAAGCAGCAGAUUGACUCAGUAAUGUUUGACCAGGCCCAGACCGAGGUCCAGGCCCUGAUGGAGGAGAAUGCCUACCAGACGUUUCUGACGUCGGACAUAUGCCUCCAGUACGUGGGGAGCGGGGGCGAGAACCCAGCUUACCUGAGUCAGGGGGGCCUGGGCAGCCUCAGGCUUGUGUGUGGCUACCUCCCCACCUUGAACGAGGAGGAGGAGUGGACUUGUGCCGACUUCAAGUGCAAACUCCCCCCCACCGUGGUGGGCUUGUCCAGCAAGACCCUGAGGGCCACAGCCAGCGCGAGGGCCAUGGACACCAUCGAAAGCGGAUACAGAGAUGGCGUCCCUCCCUACCGCGUGGGGAGUAAGAAGCAGCUGCAAAGAGAGAUGCACCGGAGCGUGAAGGCCAACGGUCAAGUGUCCCUACCUCACUUCCCGAGAACCCACCGGCUACCCAAGGAGAUGACCCCCGUGGAGCCUGCCGCCUUCGCGGCUGAGCUCAUCGCCCGGCUGGAGAAGCUGAAGCUGGAGCUGGAGACGCGGCACAGCCUGGAGGAACGGCUGCAGCAGAUCCAAGAGGACGAGGAGAAGGAGAGUGUGGAGCUGGCACCGGGCUCACGAGAGGCAGGGCCUGCGCCACACCCGCUUUGCCUCCUGCCAUCCAGCAGCUACGAGGAGGACCCGCAGACCAUCCUGGACGACCACCUGUCCAGGGUCCUCAAGACCCCCGGCUGCCAGUCCCCGGGUGUGGGCCGCUACAGCCCCCGUGCGCGCUCCCCUGACCACCACCACCGCCACCACCUCCAGUCACACCGUGCGCUGCCCCCGCCUGGGGGCCCCCUGCCCCCCGCGGCCGUCCCAGCCAGCUGCUCCCUCCUCGGGGCCAGGGGCUUCGUGAGCAGGCAGGCCACGAAGCACGUCCACCACCACUACAUCCACCACCACGCCGGCCCCCGGACCCGGGAUGAAGCGGAGGCCGAGGCCGCCCCGCGGGCGCGCUGCCCCUGCCCAGUCCCCGGGGGCGCCGACUACUCCUGCUGCGCCAAGUGCAAGAGCCACCCCGGGGUCCCUGAGCCCCCUGGGGCUGCCCAGCUUGGCCGGGGCGGUGCCCCCCCAAGACGAAGCACGGCACUGGCCAGGGAAGCCGGGGCCCCCGGUGGAAUGGGGUCCCUGCAGCCGCCUGGGGAGGAAGGAGACAGGGCGCAGGUCGUGUGGCAGUGGGUGCUGGAGAGCGAGCGGCCGGGCAAGCCCAAGCCCCACAGCGCCCAGAGCACCAAGCGGGUCUACCCCACGGAGUCAGCCCGCACAUCCCCAGCCGAGCGGGCCGGCCGCCACCACCUGUGGGGGGGCAGCACUGGGCACCCCCGCGCUGUCCCCCGGGCCCACCCGGCAUGCACCCAGGACUCCACGGUGCCUCCCCUGACCCCGCCUAACACCCUGGCCCAGCUGGAGGAGGCAUGCCGCCGGCUGGCCGAAGUGUCCAAACCCCCGAAGCAGCGGUGCUGUGCGGCCGGUCAGCAGAGGGACAGGACCCACCCAGGCCCCGGGAUACCAGGCACCACAUCCUUCUCCAGCCCGAGCCCAGCUUCAGAAGACCACAAGGAGCCCAAGAAGCUGGCAGGGAUGCAUGCGCUCCAGGCCAGCGAGCUGGUGGUCACUUACUUCUUCUGCGGGGAGGAGAUCCCCUACCGGCGGAUGCUGAAGGCCCAGAGCCUGACCUUGGGCCACUUUAAGGAGCAGCUCAGCAAAAAGGGAAACUACCGGUAUUACUUCAAAAAGGCGAGCGACGAGUUCGCGUGCGGAGCGGUGUUUGAGGAGGUAUGGGACGACGAGGUGGUCUUGCCCAUGUACGAGGGCCGCAUCCUGGGCAAGGUGGAGAGGAUCGACUGAGCCCUCCUCUGCCGGGGCGACCAUGACCCCGCCUUGCGAAGCAAGAGUGAAGAUGCGAGACGAGUCCCGCGGGCCUUCGGGAGGGCGGGGUCGGCCUUCGCGGCUCCGCCCGCGCUGCGGAGAGGAAAGCCGGAACUGCUCGCUGCGCCGGCGACGCUGACUGCCGGAGAGGCUGCCGCGUGUCCUGGGCGACCCCCCGGGCUGUGAAUCCAGCCCUGGCUCACCUGGACAGGAGUCCCUGCUGGUAUUUAUUGAACAGGCUUCCCGCGUGUGGACGUGGGAGAGGGAUUUUCCUGGUUCUCUGUCACCAAGAAUUAAGCUACGCGUGAAGACGGACUGUCCAGGGUGGCCUGCCGCCGGCACACGCGGAAAUUGGUGCAUUUUCCGCUCCCCCGCGCCACCACCCCGCGCUGCUGUUUUUUCAUAUAGGUCUGGAGGCCUGGUGUUGAGGUCCUGUCAAUGGGAUGAUCGUGGCGGGGGGACGCAGCCUCCCUGGGGCCGAAGUCCAUCCUGUGACUUCUGGGGCUCCCCACCCCACGGCCGACGCCUGCUGCAGCCGUGUGGUUCGACUUGUGAUUUAUGGAAAUAGCGGUCCUGGUCCUUGGCGUUUGUUACAGAUUACUUUCUGGACCCCAGCCAUUCUAGAAGCUACUUCUCAGCUCACCCCUGCCCUGCAAAGCAGCGAACAGCUUUGGGAAGACUGGCCCGAGCACCCUCCCUGCAGACGCCUUCCUGUUGGCGUUGGGGUUUUCACGUUGACUCAUAGCUGUGCGUACUGUCGGCCGUUGUCCCCUGAACCCGCGUCUAUAUAUUGUGUGGAGAGAGUAUUCACCACUGUCUCUGGAGCUUGACUUUGAAUCAGUACAGUACCUGUACCUGCACGGUGCCCACGCCGUGUGUCGCCCUAUAUUGAGGGCUCCAGCUUUCCCUUGUUUUUUGAAAGGGGUUUAUGUACAAAUAUAUUUUAUGCCUUUUUAUUACAAGUCUUGUACUCAAUGACUUUUGCCAUGGCAUUUUGUUCUACUUAUACUGUAAAUUAUGCAUUAUAAAGAGUUCAUUUAAGGAAAAUUACUUGGUACAAUAAUUAUUGUAAUUAAGAGAUGUAGCCUUUAUUAAAAUUUUAUAUUUUUCAAAA